AAGUCAUGAAUUGCUCUAACGCUUACCUGUUUGAGUUCUGAGCGUGCAGAGAGAGAGAGAGAGAGAGAGAGAUCUCUUCAAGGCAAGUAGCACCUCUGAGGUCCACCCAUCUUCAUGUGCAGCUGAUGCAGUGAUAGCUCUGUAUCAUAGGCCAAAGAUGUGGCUAUUGCAACCAACAUGUUUGUUCGCGUGCCUUCUUCUGCGCCUGUCAAAGCUUCAUCACUUGAACCUGCACACCACAGAAUCCUGCUGUAGGCAGACCUCAAUGUGCAUACGUACGGUUUGAGCAUCCACUGUAUAAAUGUACCGGCAUCAUCCUACCCCAUUCUCCACAAGCAAUCCUCAAGAACGGACCAAUGAGACCUGAGAUCUCCCAUUAUCAUAGUCUUAUCGGCCCUCGACCCCUUCGACUGUUGCACCGAUCUUUCAAGCACCAUCCACAGUCCCCGUUCCUCUAUGAACGGGCAAUGAGCACUUCUCCCCAUCAUGAGCCAGCACAGCAGCAACGAGGAGGAAGCGUUGUGGCAGCACUUGAAGAGGAGAAGGAAGAGAAGGCUCGCUGUGAAUGGGACUUCUGGCUCUCAACCGUGGUCUCCCCGUCUACGGCUGCCGGAGAGGUUUCUGACGCCAUCGGCGCCAUCGAGUUCGACCCCACCGACCGCCUCUUGGCCACCGGCGGCAUCGCCAGGAAGAUACGAAUAUACAGCCUCGGCACUUUGCUUCCGGAAAGCCGCGACUCGAGCCUGACCUUCUCCGAUCACUCGACUGCUUGUCUGUUGUGUAUUUGCACGCCGGCGAAGCUCAGCAGCCUGCGGUGGCGGCCUGACUCUAGUGGCCGCACCGUUGGCUCGGGUGACUACGACGGCGUCGUCACGGAGUACGACGUGGAGCGCAACGUGGCCGUCUUCGAGCGCGACGAGCAUGCCGGGCGCCGCGUCUGGAGCGUGGACUACUCCGUCAGCGGGGACCUCGGCGCGUCGGGGUCCGACGACGGCACGGUGCAGCUAUGGGACUCGAGGUGCGCGAACGGCGGGCGCGUGGCGGCCGCGCGCGCCGGGGGGGCGGUCUGCAGCGUGGAGUUCGACCCCGAGGGGGGGCCGUGGGUGGGGGCGGGGAGCGCCGACCGGCACGCGUACGUGUUCGACGUGCGGGCGGUCUCGGCGGGGCCAGUGACGGCGCUCGGCGGGCACGGGCGGGCGGUGACGUACGUCCGCUUCGCGCAGAGCGGGCGGAGUGUGGUGACGUCGGGGACGGACGGGUCUCACCGGCUGUGGGAGUGGGCGGAUGGGAGGGAGGUCCGGGCGUACCGCGGCCACGUGAACUCACGCAGCUUCGUCGGCAUGUCUGUGUGGCGAGGGGCGGGGCUCGUCGGCAGCGGGUCGGAGAGCAACGAGGUGUUCGUUUACGACCUCCGGUGGCAGGAGCCGAUAUGGGUGCGGGGAUUCGGUCCAAGGAGGGAGGAGGGGGGCGCGUUCGUCGGCGCGGUGAGUUGGAGGCAGGCUGUGUCGGGGCCUGGAGAGGGCGCGCUCGUGGCCGGCGGAUCGGACGGGGUCUUGCAGGUCUUCGUUGGCAGGAAGAAGACUGAGUCUGAGUGAAUUGCAACGCUGCAUGCAUCAUUAAGGUUUCACUGCAUGGUUCGUAGCCCUGUCUUCACGUAAGACAUAAAGCGUCACGCUCUGACGAGUCUGAAGUGUUACUGUGAAUAAGAUUGGAGCAAAUGGAAGAUUUCAGAGUUGAAAUAAUUUGUUAGAUUUCUGGCAAAACUAUUUGUAAUAAUUCUUUUAGGCAAAUAUUGAACUUUAAAUGCAAUGUUUGUUACUAUGAUUGACAGAGUUUUAU